CAACCGAAGCAGGAGAACUCUCCACCCCAAACCACCACCGAUCAAUAGCCAUACCCUUCUAGUAUCAAUCACACUCCAAUCUGUCACUACCAGCCCAACCCAACCCAACACCAUGCCAUCCCCAUCCCCAUCCCCCGUCUUCCUCAACCCAUCCGCCAAAUCCUGGCGCUACACACCCCCCUCUCCCACAGGUAACCACCCUCCCCCCACCGACACCGAAACCAAAACCGAAACCCCCGUCCAAACCUUCCACCGCCUCCUCCCCAACCACGCCCCCACCCCCCUCCACAGCCUCCCCGCCGUCGCCACCGCCCUCAACCUCGCCCACGUGCUCCUCAAAGACGAGUCCCACCGCGCCGGCCUGCCCUCCUUCAAGAUCCUCGGCGCCUCCUGGGCCGUCUACCGCGCGGUCGCCGCCGCCCUCGGCAUCGACGCCAUCUCCAACCUCCUAUCACCAUCAAAACCACCCCAGAAGAACGGGCCGCCCUUCGAUCCUCUAACCUCCCUCGGCGCCGCGGCGCGCGCCGCAGGCCGCCGGCUCACGCUGGUGACGUGCACGGAGGGCAACUGGGGCCGGGCGGUGGCGCGCAUGGCGGCGUAUGUGGGGGUGGCGGUGGUGGUGUAUGUGCCGGCGCACGUGCCGGAGGCGACGCGCGGGUUGAUUCGGGGGGAGGGGGCCGAGGUGAGGGUGGUGGAGGGGGAUUAUGACGACGCGGCUGGGGCUGCGAGGCGGGCGGCGGGGGAGGGGGGUGGUGAGGGUGGUGGGGAUGGGGCGGUGUUGGUGAUGGAUAUUGGGUGGGAGGGGUUUGAGGUCGUGCCGCAGUGGGUUGUUGAAGGCUACCAGACAAUGCUGGAUGAGUCAGAUGCACAAGUCCUUCGCAUGACGGGCGGCAGACCGGCCACGCAUGCUGUUGUCCCCGUCGGCUGCGGCUCGGUUGCUCAGGCCGUGGCGCAGCACUUUAAGAGCGCGACGAGGGAACGGGGUGUUGAUAGCCCGGCGGCGGCUGUGCUUGCUGUCGAGCUUGACACGGCGGCGUGCUUGAGGGCAUCGCUCGAGAACGGGACGAUGGUUAGCGUGCCGACUGGGGAUAGCAUCAUGUGUGGCAUGAACUGUGGGACGUUGUCUACCACAGCCUGGCCUAUCCUGAAGUUGGGGAUUGACGGUACCGUGGUGGUGAGUGAUGUGGAAGCACACAAUGCUGUUCAGGAACUAGAAGUGCAUGGGUUCAAAGCAGGGCCCUGUGGCUCCUCUACUCUCGCCGCUCUAGAGAAGUCCUGCAAGACCGAGCGGGUGAACUUGGGGCUUUCCGAGGAGUCAAUUGUUGUCUUGUACUGCACUGAGGGGCAUAGGGAAUAUAUCACACCGGUUUGAAUCAGUGGGUCAAUACGGCCUGGCACUGUUAUCCGAAGGGGUUAGAAUUUAAAACGACGAUCGUGGACACAGUGAUCGGAGUGUCGGAAUUACGUGGCGGUUGUGAACCUGGAUUGAGUAUGUAAACUCGUUGCUCUUUCCCUAUUUCGUAAGGAGUCAUGGGGUAUUGAAUGCCGUUGUUGGUUAAAUGUGAAUCCCAUCCUCUAAGCUU